CCCGCGGGGCUCUCCGCCCGCGGUUCGCUUCGCCCCGCUCCCCGGGGGUCCGGGGUAGCUUCAGUCUAGACGGUGGGUUCGGGCCAUUCGGAUUCGGGGAGAAAGGCUCCCGCGGAAAAUUCCAUGGGCCGAUUUUUCCCGCUAGGAUUAGGCCUGUGGUGGUGGAGGGAGAGGAGGGAAGGAGGGAGGCCUUCCAACUAGCUUUAUUUUUCUUUUAAAAUGCUGAUGGGAGGAAGUUGCCCCACAAGUAUCAGAAAUAAGAUACGUCUUCGUUUUCCCCCCUGUACCAAAUAAGAUGCGGCAGUAUAUUUUUUCACGGAUGAAGUAGUGAGGAGCCGUUUGUUUCAGACUUCUGAAGCAUCUCUUCGCCGGAUGUCCUCUAAUAAAUUCCCUGGAUCAUCUGGAUCAAAUAUGAUUUAUUAUCUGCUUGUAGGUGUCACAGUCAGUGCUGGUGGAUAUUAUACUUACAAGAUGGUAACAUCAGAUCAAGCCAAACACACCGAACAUGUAACAAAUUUGAAAGAAAAAACAAAAGCAGAGUUACACCCACUCCAAGGUGAAAAAGAGAAUCCUGUGGAAGCUGAGAAAGCAAGUUCAGAAGCUCCUGAAGUAUCUGUAGUGGAAGCUGAGGUGGUAGGUGCUGAAGAAAUUCCAGGUACUACUGUUGUGGUCCUGACAGAGGCUCCAGCCUGUCCAGGGGAUUUGGAGGCUGCUCCAGAGACAAUAGCAGUUGGGGCUGAAGCUGCGCCAGAGGUUACAGACGCCGCGAUGGGCGAAACCACGGAAGUCAACACUGAAACGACCCCAGAGAUUAUACUUGCAGCUCUGGAUGAAGCUGUUGCCAUCAAUAAUGAUAAAGGUACAACAGAGACCAAAAGCUCUGAUGAAUAUGCUGAGCUAGAAGAAGAAAAUUCUCCAGCUGAGUCAGAACCCUCUGCUGGAGAUGAUUUGCAGGAAGAAGCCAGUGUUGGUUCUGAGGCUGCCUCAGCCCAAGGCUAAUCUCAUGCUGGUAGACACAUCAGCAAAAAAUGCCAUAGAGUGUCUGAUAGGUGUGUUUUAUUUUUAGUAAGCUUAGUUUUAAAAAAGACUUCUUUUCUAGAAAGCUUUAAUGUACCUUGAAGAUUUUUGGUAUCUACUGAUAGAUUUUAGGAUUGAGAGAUUUGAAAUUUUUUGUCUUAAUGGUUUUCUACUCUCUGAGAUCAGAAUAUGAUGUUGCAUUGCAGUAAAGAGCUUAAAUAGUUUCAUCUUUGAAUUUAAAUUUUAUAAGAUAGGAAUUGAGCUAUAUAUACAACCUGUAUUUACUUUAAUUUUGUUAUAUCUUUACCUUACUUUAUUGUAUGUAGAUCUGGAAUAUUGAGCUUGAUUUGAACUCA